AUGGCGACUGCAGAGCCAAGCGAGAAACCAAGCACUGAUGAGCAGCACACUAGAGACAGUGGCGACACUGUCGUGCCCGCUGUCACUCACAUGUCAGAAGCUGGCGAGGAGCUUCCGCUGAACGAGCAGUACGGCUAUAAGGACGAGGCGAAGGCAGAGGCGGUGGUGGCAGCGGCGGCAACCGGUGCAGACGCCUUGACUAAGUCGUCGACCGCUCAUCUUGACGGGCUGAGCUUCGAGGAGCUGAAGUCGCUCUUGUCAGAAAAAAGGGAAAGGAGGGGUGAACUUGAAUCGCCUCAAGGACGCGAGGAGCUCAUUAAAACAAUCUCGGGUAUAGAGCAGAAGAAGGCGGCGCAGGUGACGUUUCGCGCAGAGGUGACUGCCGCCGCACACUGGUAUGCGGAGCAGCAAUGGAAGCGCAAAGAAGUAGGUCACCGGGCCAGGGGUAGCCGCACUCGCCGCGACAGCAUUGAACCGGCAGCCACUGGCAGUUCUUACGACGGCGAGGCACCGCACGAGGUGCUCGCCCACCACAACGAAGCCAACGGUUACGGCUCGGAGUUUGAGGAGCUUCGUAAGGAGCUACAAGAGUCAGAAGCAGUGAGUCUGCCGAACCUGGCUGACCUUGACAUCAUUGGACAAGUGUCCCCGAUUAGUCCCAACCGGGUCCUGGUUAGUAAGGCGCUGCAGGGAGCCUUCUUCGCCACGCUAGGGGUCGCCUUUAUGGGGGAUCAGAUUAAGUUCAUUCCUGAGUCGGCGCGCGCUGUCCUGCUCCAACGUCGCAGUCUCAUCAUCAGCGGCAGCCUCUUGCUCAGCGUACUGAGUCGUGCAGCGCUGCCGAGCAAUGCCUUCGAGGUCUUUUUGGAUGGCGAACUUAUCUACUCCGCCUUGGACACGGGCGGGCGGGUACCAACGGCAGAGCUGCUGAGCAACCUGCUCCUAGAGCAAACGCUCUUGAAGGACUACUAUGUAGUCACAACUAAAUCGAAGGCGUAG